UGAGACCAGGUGCCCGGCUCAGGUGGAGAACCAAGACCUGGGCGACAAGGAAGAAAGAAGUUCCUACCAAGAAACCGGGAAUGAAACCUGAGAGCUGAGCUGUGCUGCCGAAGGGACCAGGAGACCAGGAGUGGCUGACCACCCCUCCUGGCAGGCAGGGCCCCCUCGGGUGGCACUCGCAGCCCCACCCUAGCUGAGCAGGGCUUCUCCAGGAGCAGGACAUCCAGGCUGUCCUCAUGGCAGCCUUCCUCUCUGCCGGCCUCAGGGUACUUGCACCCUCAGAGACCUACACCCUGCCUGUGACCAGCUCCAGCUGGGAGCCCCAGCUGGUUUCUCCAUUCCCAUCAGGCCCUUCCACUGGCUCUACAGGGACCCAAGUCGUGGCCGAGCCCACUGGGCAGGGUCCCAAGAACCCAUGUGUGUCCAGCGUGACAGUCCAGCUGGAGAUGAAGGCUCUGUGGGAGGAAUUCAACCAGCUGGGCACAGAGAUGAUUGUCACCAAGGCAGGCAGGAGGAUGUUCCCGACCUUCCAGGUGAAGAUCCUGGGCAUGGACUCGCUGGCUGACUAUGCCCUGCUCAUGGACUUCCUGCCCCUGGAUGACAAGAGAUACAGGUACGCUUUCCACAGCUCAGCCUGGCUGGUGGCAGGCAAGGCGGACCCGGCCACGCCCGGCCGCGUGCAUUUCCACCCUGACUCACCCGCCAAGGGUGCCCAGUGGAUGCGCCAGAUCGUGUCGUUCGACAAGCUCAAGCUGACCAACAACCUGCUGGAUGACAACGGCCACAUCAUUCUCAACUCCAUGCACCGCUACCAGCCUCGCUUCCACGUGGUCUUCGUGGACCCACGCAAGGACAGUGAGCGCUACGCCCAGGAGAACUUCAAGUCCUUCAUCUUCACGGAGACCCAGUUCACGGCCGUGACAGCAUAUCAGAACCACCGGAUUACCCAGCUGAAAAUCGCCAGCAACCCUUUUGCCAAGGGCUUUAGGGAGAGUGACCCGGACUCCUGGACUAUACCUCCACGGCCCCUGCUCAGUGUCCCAGCCCGGAGCCGCAGCAGCCUCAGCCCCUGCCUGAUGAAGGGCUCCACAGAGCAGGAGAAAGACCCCAACAAAGUUCCAGCUUCCACCUCCAGAACCCCUGCCCGACUCCAUCAUCAGCUGCUGGCCCCCCCUGAGGCUCUGCUGACCCCAGCCACCUAUCGGCCCCUCACCUACCAGGACCUCUACACUGGAGUCUCAAGCCCCCUCGGAAUCCCAAGAGCCCGACCGACACCAUACCCCCUCCCCAAUAUCCAGGCUGACAGGGAUCAGGAAGGCCUGCCUCUCCAAGCUGGGCUGGGGCUUCUGUCCCCCAGCACCAUGUGCCUGGGGUCUCGCCAGGCCCCUCAGUGAUGGUGGGUCACCUGUGGACAGAGUCCUCUUUCUCUGGACCCCACCCCUCCAGCCUCACCUCUGCAGAGAACCCCUCUCUUCCCAAGGACAGCAGUACAGGUGGAAGCCCAGAGAAGGAGGCUGCCUGCUCAGUCACAGCAAGCCUGGGAUGGAGCCUGGCUUGGAACCAGGCCCCCUACCUCCCAACCUGCCCCCUUCUGUCUUAGAGGUGACUCUUCCA